CGAUUAUUUCGAGAAUAUCUUCGAUUCUCGAGUGUAAUCGGAAUCGAUUUUUUAUCUAUUAUAUCUAUACAAUCAAAAAAGUCAGCUGUUUGUGGUCGAUUUAUUUUUUAAAUAAUCUAGAUUCGGUCACAAAAAAAAACAAUUAUUUGAUUGAAAAUGCGAAUAACAAGUUUAUUAAGUGCAAUACCUAUUAGGGAACCUGUCCACCCAAAACGAAAUAAUAAAUUAAAAUCUUUGGCGAUUGUGACCGCCGGCGCGACCGUUUUUUAUGCGGGCGUUUGCGUUUACAAAGGCAAUGAGAAAUUCUAUAAAAAUACAUUAAUGCCUUUGACGCGAUACUUGCCGGCAGAGAUGAGCCAUAACUUGGCCGUGUUAGCUUGCAAGUAUAAAGUUUUUCCAGCACCACGUCAACCAGACUCACAGAAUUUGGGCAUUGCAUUUUUUCACAAAAAAAUAUCCAACCCAAUUGGCAUUGCAGCCGGUUUCGAUAAGCAGGGUGAAGCUGUCGAGGGUCUGACAAAACUAGGAUUUGGUUUCACUGAAAUUGGCUCGGUUACGCCUGAACCACAACCUGGUAAUCCGACACCACGUGUCUUUCGGUUAGUGAAUGAUGAGGCUAUCAUAAAUCGAUAUGGCUUUAAUAGUGAAGGUCAUCGAGUGGUAUUCGAGCGUUUAAGCGAGCUGAAAAAUGUGCGUGGUUUUGACGGUGUGUUGGGUGUAAAUCUGGGUAAGAAUAAAACCUCAGAUUCCCCUAUAGCAGACUACGUAAAUGGCGUCAAGGUAUUUGGUCCCAUAGCAGACUACUUAGUGGUUAAUGUCAGUAGCCCCAACACACCCGGAUUACGUGACUUACAGGGUAAGAAAGAGCUCGAACAAUUAUUGGCGGCAAUUGUUGAAGCCCGUAAUUCGUUGGAAGUCAAUAAUAAAAUUCCCAUUUUAUUAAAAAUUUCACCCGAUAUAAGCAAGCAAGAUAUCAAAGACAUAGUUGGGGUUAUAAAUAAGAAAACUUGCCGUGUUGAAGGUUUAAUUGUAUCUAAUACUACAAUAGCACGCGAAAAGUUAACGGAAGUAGAACUGGCUAAUGAAAUCGGAGGUUUAAGUGGUACUCCUCUACGAUCAAAAUCAACUCAAUUAAUUGCCGAUAUUUACGCGCAAACCGGCGGUAAGAUUCCCAUUGUAGGUGUUGGUGGCAUUUCUUCAGGUCAAGAUGCGCUAGAAAAGUUGGAAGCAGGCGCCUCGUAUUUACAAUUGUACACAGCCUUUAUAUAUGAGGGACCGCCAGUAGUCACGCGCAUUAAGAAAGAGUUAUCCCAACUAUUGGAAGAGAGAGGUUACAAAAACGUGCAGGAGGCUGUGGGCAAACAGUACAAAAACUAUCUUAGUAAAUAACUAAGACACUUCGAAAUACUUGUGUAGAUAAGUAAAUAAUAAGAGAAUUGAGCUUUAUAGAAAUACAUACAUAUGUAUUUUAUUUUCGAAAUUUAUAA